AUGGAGUCCGGGACCGAACAAUAUGGUGCCUAUGCCUCCCAACGCCGCAAUGGCAACAACAACGCCAACAGUGCCGUCCCAGUCGCAGCCGAUCAGCCCCGUACAGGCGUAUGCCAUGCAACCGGACGGCUCAGUUUGGCCAGUCCCCCAACCGACACGCUCAAUGACCUUUCCGGCACAGCCGGAGAUGGCCUCGUACCCGAAUCCGAGCCAAUUCAGCCAACAAAUGCAUCCGGACCUCAAACGCAGAAUGACGAGUCCGGCUCAGGGAUACCCCGGGACGCCUGUCAAUCCUCAGAGUCCCCGCCUGCCGAGUUACAGGCGACAACGGUGUCGAUGUCAUACCCCGGCCAGCCAGCGGGUAUGGGCUACCCGGGAUGGCAUGAUAUGAACGGCAGCAUUCGGAACUCCCGCGGCACAUAUGGGUCAUCCCGGGCAGGGCCCGCCGCCGACUUCAUGAGCUAG